GUGGACACCGAGGCGAUAAUAUACCUGCAGCUCAGUCUUUGGCUUUUUGUCAUACGCAGAGACCACAGCAUUGUUUUUUGUAGCCAUUUCCCUUGUUGCCGGGUUUCAAAAUUGGUCAUUUUGAUUUUCGUGAACGAGACCUUCUGAUGAGUCAUCGAGUGACGCCACUGCAGCCAAUCGGUGGCAUGGAGUCUGACGAUGUCACAUUUUAGUACCUGCUCAGAUCGCUUUGGAACCCCGGUCAAGCAGGGUGAGAGCAGCCAUGUCAGAGGACGCAGUGCGUCAAACACGCAGCCAGAAGCGGGCUCUAGAGAGGGACCAUGCAGCUCUUGCUGGGUCCCUGGGGGACAUGGACAGUAAACGUGUUAAACUGGAGAAGAGCGAUGCAGCUGGGACCCCUCUGGCCCUUGUGGGAUCUGGAACCGAGAGUGUCAAGCUCAAGAGUGAGCAGGCUGCUAAGGUAGCAGCUAGCAUCCUGAAGGCUGGUGAAGUGAAAGCGACCAUCAAGGUGGAAGUGCAAACUGGAGAUGAGCCUGUUGACAUGAGCACAUCCAAAAGCGACAUUAAGAAAGAGCGACAGCCGCCCUCUCCAGAUGAUGUGAUUGUGUUAUCGGACAAUGAGCCAUCCAGUCCUCUCAUGAAUGGCCACUGCUUCACAAAGACUGACACAGAUAAACUUAUGAAGAGUUCACCUGAGGAAAGGGAGCGCAUCAUCAAACAGCUCAAGGAGGAACUAAGACUCCAAGAGGCCAAACUAGUGUUGCUGAAGAAACUACGACAGAGCCAGAUCCAAAAGGAGAGCACAGUACAGAAGGCUACUGGCUCUGUGGCUACUCCUCCUCCUCUGGUGAGAGGUACAUCAAGCAAAGGAUCCCUUCAGGUGACGGGUCGCAGCUCAGGCACAGUGAUUCCCCCUCCCUUGGUGCGGGGUGGCCAACACAUCCCGUCCAAACACAACUCUCAGAGUGUCAUGCCCCCUCUGGUCAGAGGAGCCCAGCCUAUUGCAGUGACUCCCCAGCAGAUAGCCAGUCUACGUCAGCAACAGCAGCAGCAUAGCGGCUCAGGGCCCCCUCCACUCUUGCUGGCUCCUAGGGCUUCUGUGCCCAAUGUCCAGGUCCAGGGCCAGAGGAUCAUUCAGCAGGGACUCAUUCGGGUGGCUAAUGUGGCCAACAGUAAUGUCAUGGUCAACAUCCCUCAGGCCUCUCCAACCAGCCUAAAGGGCUCUUCAGUCUCACCCAACUCUAGUGUCAAUGACUCUCCAGCCAGCCGGCAGGCAGCUGCUAAACUUGCACUACGUAAGCAAUUGGAGAAGACGCUGCUCGAGAUCCCUCCACCAAAACCUCCUGCCCCUGAUUUCAACUUCCUGCCUUCUGCAGCCAAUAAUGAAUUCAUUUAUUUGUUGGGCUUAGAGGAAGUGGUGCAAAAACUUCUGGAGAUGCACGGCAGAGGUAAUCUUGGCCCAGCUGCAGCAAUGGCCAGCUCCAUUCCCAAAGAGCCAUACACCUGUGCCCAGUGUAAGACUGACUUUACCUCUCGCUGGAGAAAGGAGAAGGCUGGGACCAUCCUCUGUGACCAAUGCAUGUCGUCCAAUCAGAAAAAGGCCCUAAAGGCUGAGCACACCAGUCGAUUGAAGGCAGCCUUUGUCAAAGCACUCCAACAGGAGCAGGAGAUUGAACAGCGUAUCCUCCAGCAGGCAGCCUCCUCUUCUUCCUCCUCUGCUUCCUCAAUCUCUAAAUCCACCUUUUCCUCCCCCUCACUGUCCAAAAAUGAGGUGCUGGUCGCCCAGCAAUAUAAGCAGGUCAGGGCUGCCAUGCAGCACAUACCUGUGUCUACUCACCACUCCAGCAUUAAGCAGGGUCAUCUGUCACACCUCCAGUCUGCAGUUAACGCUCGUAGUGUGGCCCACUCUUUCUCCUCCUCACAGCUGCAGAAUGCGGUGACAGCAGCAGCACUGGGCAGUAGGUCCGGUAAGCAUGCUGCAGCUCGCUCGUUGCAGCAGGGGGCAAAGGUCGGUGCUGGCAGCAGUGGUAACCAGGGCAACGUGGCUGCCUGGAGGAAGCAGACCGGUGGCAAUGCAGGUGUGACCAUGGCCUACGUGAACCCCAGCUUGUCUGCUCAUAAGACCUCUGCUUCAGUUGAGCGUCAGCGAGAAUAUCUUCUGGACAUGAUUCCCUCCCGCUCCAUCUCCCAAGCAGCAAACGCAUGGAAAUAAUGCAAUCCCACUCCCUUUGACACCAUAACAUUUAGCUCCCUUAACAUCAAUAACAGCCAUUCACAUUAUUGUUCUAAUUCUUUCUAUGGAUUCGGCCUCUGGCCAAAACGGUGCAGAAUUGGCCUCUUUUCUUGUUGGAUAGAGGUGUCCUUACACCUUCCACCAUAUACUUCUGCUACCUUCUUCCUUUUCUGAAUCCUUCCCCUAUUGGAGUUGUGCUGUGACAGCUUCAAGAUACAAGGAAUAUGUUAAAUAUAAUAUGGGUACCCUUUCAGAGGGAUAUGGAUGACAUGUGUACAAUUUCACAGACUUCUUCAGUGAUGUUGCCUCUCCCCUUCCCUGUAUAUUGGUUGAACUUUCCAGUUGCACCAAGAGGAAGUUGCUGGAGAUUCCCUGAGCUUCUCUGCCUCUGGAUUAGGCAAGGAAAAGUAAUAAAUACUAUUACCCAGAGUAAGAGAUUUGUCUUACUUCCUGCCCUUGUCUAGUCUGAACCAGUCAGACUGAGGCUGUGGUGGCUGAACUGAACGUAACUGAAGACCUCAUUACAGGAAUUGUUGAGCUUUGAGGACCAUCCACAAAAUAAGAACUGCUUCAGCUUUGCAAAAAUGAAUAAAGUUAAAAAAAAAGAAAAAAGGAAAAAGAAAACUGGAGGAAAAAAAAAUCUAUCUACACACAGACUGCUUCUUCUCUCAAACCUACAGCGUGUAUAGUAGAGAAGUUGAUGUGUGUUGGAUUAUUUUGUAUGGCUGAAUGUUAGGAUUUUGUCUUUUCUUCUGUAAGUCAUAUACUGUGUUUGGAAUAUUGUGCUCCCUGAUACUUUGGAAGUGGCCUCAUGUCGAGGUCUGAAUUUAAAGGCUAAUGUUACUGUUGAGGUGGUUUUACAUCUGCUGGGUUCCAUGUUGCGGCCUACUUUUAAAUGCUUUGUUUUUUCUAAGAUCAAGAGGAAGAAUAAAAAUUAAGGUUUCACUGACUCGUUAAAAAAAAGAAAAGAAAAGAAAAACAUGGGGCAUAUUCUUAAUGAAUAUUGUAAAAUAAACCUUCCAAAGAACUAGUGGAGCCCAAAUGGAAUCCCUUCUGCUAGAAGGUUUCUAGUUUAUUUGAACCCUCUCUGAAUAUAAACAUGAAUUCAUGCUAAACUGAGGGGGUGUAAGGAAUGUCAUAUUUUUGACAUUAUUUUGCUUUUAGUCAUAGGUUGUGGUGCAUUUUCUUUUUUUUUUUUUUUCUUUUCCCUUCUAUAGACGAACUAUCUGAAUUUAUUUAUAGGGUUAGUAAAGACAUAUGCGUAUGCCCUAAGUUUGAAUGGAUCUUCACUUAGAAUUUGUUUUCUCUUGUUUGUCAAGUGGCUCCCACAUACCCUAUGAUUGGUCCGAGAGAAGCUGGACAGCAUUCAGAAUGUAGUUAUGCAAAAACCCCUAUAGCAACAAAUGACAUGAACUUCUAGUCUUUAACAUUAAAGUGUGUGUGAUUUCUGUCAGGUCAUUGAAUUGAGCUAACUCUGCCUUUCACAUGAGCUAUAGUGCAUUUCUAUCAGGUUGCAGCAGCACAGGAUAAGCUAGUGAAGUACAAUAUGUCUACAUUUAAAAUGGGAUUUUUCCAUUGCAUGUGGACUUCUGUUAUUUUACUACCAUGUGUUGUCCCUCCUCCCCCUUUCAUUUCAACCCCUGGGGUGGUCCAGGUGCCUCCACUUAGCGAUGAUUUUACAGGCACCUUUUGAAAAAUGUCUCUAAAUUAAAAUGUUCAAAUGUUGUCUUAAAUUUAAUCACAGAGGUUUGUUUAAUGAGAAGUGGUAUAGCCAUCUGACAAGAAGCUGACCACCCCAGCAGUUUUUUUCCCCCAGCUUCCGUUAUCUUUUAUUUUACACUUUUCACAUAGAAAUGAUCCAGUUUCUUAUGUCUUCAUUGAUCAGAACUCCCAGUCUUACAGCCCUGUUGCUUCACUCCAGAUUUCACCAAUACAGCUGUAAUGUUUUUUUUGUUUGUUUUUUUUAAAAUGGCGUAAGGAUUUGAGUCCUUUAUUUGUGUCCAUAUUAUACUAUUCAGCUCAGAAGUUUUUGUCAGGUGCCCUGCUGGUAUGUGCUGCCAGCAUUGGGUAAAUGAACAUCCUUUGCGCUGUGUUAUCACUGUA